GGACAUUGGAGCUGAAAAGGGACAUAUGGCAGAGCAAUGGGCCUAGAUAAAACCUCAGUCUUCUCCUCCUUGCGUCUCCUGGGGCCCUGGCAGCGCCUGGUAUCCUCCAUGAAGCAACCCGAAGCCUGAUGCCCGCGUUGUGCCUGGCCAUGGAUGGGGGAAGAAGCUACCACUCAUCCUGUACCCACCAGCCGUCUGGCACCGCUCUGUACGGGGUGCCCCUCGUUCAGGCCCAGCUCAGCAUGCCUGCCUUAGAGAAUUCCCCUUCUGAAUGGUGGACUCCGACUCCAUAUUCAACGGCUCCGUACACAGCGCCGUCAUUCUUGAACAAUAACCAGCAAUAUUUUAAUACCACUUCAGAUUUCUAUGCAAAUUCCAUCGGCGGGCAGCUUUUUCCGGAUACCAACUAUGCGACGCUGGGGUUUUCCGAUUUCUUACCCAAAAACGGCGAUUUUCCUCAGGAUUCGGCAUACCUCAAUGACCUCUCCAGCAACUCGCUCUUCUCCUCUCCCGCCGACUCCCUCUCGGACAUCGCCGACACUCAGGACUUCCUGCCGGCCGACCACCUCAGCCACGUGCCCACCCUCUGGGAUGUCAGCACCCAGCAGCAGCAGCAGCCGCAGCCGCAGCAGAACCAAAUAGAGCUCUUGCCUCCCGAUCUGGAAGGCUUGGAGGGUUUACAGGGAAUCAAUAACCACGUUGCCGCUGCUCCUGACACUCACACGCCCCUCCUUGCAACGAUUCAGUCCCAAACUCAGGUAGAAGAGGAGGAGGAAGACGACGAGACGGAAGAGCUCGGUCACGCGGAGACUUACGCCGACUACGUCCCUUCCAAAUUGAAACUUGGGAAGCAGCACCCAGACCGAGUGGUUGAAACGAGCACCCUCUCCAGCGUCCCGCCUCCGGACAUCACCUACACCCUCUCUCUCCCUGCGUCCGUCGCUGACAACGGGUUGCUCUCCGCACUACAGCUGGAAGCCAUUACGUACGCCUGCCAGCAACAUGAAGUUUUACUCCCCAACGGGCAAAGGGCCGGAUUCCUCAUCGGCGACGGCGCUGGAGUUGGAAAAGGCCGAACGGUAGCAGGGAUCAUUUUUGAAAACUAUCUGAAGGGAAGGAAAAAAUCUUUGUGGUUCAGCGCCUCAAACGAUCUCAAAUACGAUGCUGAGAGGGACCUGAAGGAUAUUGAUGCCCCCUACAUUCCGGUCCAUGCUUUAAAUAAGAUUAAGUACGGAGACACAGCUACCUCAGAAGGCGUGUUAUUUGCCACUUACUCCGCCCUGAUCGGCGAAAGCCAGGCCGGCGGCCUGCACCGGACACGGCUGAAGCAGAUCCUGGAUUGGUGCAAGGAGGACUUUGAGGGUGUGAUCGUGUUCGACGAGUGCCACAAGGCGAAGAACGCCAACUCCACCAAGAUGGGGAAAGCCGUGCUGGACCUGCAGAACAAGCUGCCUGGCUCCCGGGUCGUCUACGCCAGCGCCACAGGUGCCUCCGAGCCAAAGAACAUGAUCUACAUGAGCCGGUUGGGGAUUUGGGGGGACGGCACCCCCUUCCGGUCGUUCGACGACUUCCUCCACGCCAUUGAGAAGCGGGGUGUGGGUGCAAUGGAAAUUGUCGCCAUGGACAUGAAGGUGAGCGGGAUGUACAUCGCCCGGCAGCUCAGCUUUUCCGGAGUCACUUUCCGGAUCGAAGAGAUUCCGCUGGACCCGGAAUAUAAGCUGGUCUACAAUAAGGCCGCUCAGCUGUGGGCUGAAGCCCUCGUGGUUUUCCAACAAGCGGCCGAUCGGAUGGGCUUAGAGUCUCGCAAGUCCCUGUGGGGCCAGUUCUGGUCGGCCCACCAGCGCUUCUUCAAGUACCUCUGCAUCGCCGCCAAAGUCCGGCGCCUGGUCGAGCUGGCCAAGGAGGAGCUGAGCAAAGACAAGUGCGUCGUGAUCGGCUUGCAGUCCACUGGCGAAGCCCGGACCCGGGAAGUCCUGGACGAGAACGAGGGCCGGCUGAACUGCUUCGUUUCGGCCGCCGAAGGCGUCUUCCUCUCCCUAAUUCAGAAGCACUUCCCUUCAACCAAAAGAAAAAGAGAGAGAGGAACUGGCAUUAAAAGAAAACGGAAACAGAGAGUCCGUGGCGGCCCCAAAGCUGCUAAGCCCACCUGCGACUUUGGCAACACCUUCUUCAGCGGCGCUGUCAUCAAGAUCAGCUCCGACAGCAGCUCCGACUCUGAGCCGGGCCUGGAGAGCGACUUCAACUCCUCUCCCGAGUCUCUAUUUGAGAAUGACGACGUGGUUUUGGUCGAGCGCAGCCCCGCCAACGGCUGCUUCCUGGGCGAAGAGCGAGGCAGCCUGUGGGCGCCGCAGGGCUCCGGGGCCCUCGAGCACGUGGAGAUGUUGAAGCAGGACCUCCUCUCGAAAGUCAAGGCCCUGGGCAAGGAACUACCUCUUAAUACCUUAGAUGAACUGAUAGAUCAUUUCGGCGGCCCGGAAUACGUGGCAGAGAUGACCGGUCGGAAAGGGCGUGUGGUGCGCCAGCCCGAUGGCUCCGUGGUGUUCGAGACGAGGGCCGAGCCCGGCCUUUCCAUCGACAACGUGAACCUCAAGGAGAAAGAGAGGUUCAUGAACGGAGAAAAGCUCGUAGCAAUAAUCUCCGAGGCCUCUAGCUCAGGGAUUUCUCUCCAAGCGGACAGACGGGUAAAAAACCAAAAACGGCGCGUCCACAUGACUCUGGAAUUGCCCUGGAGCGCAGACCGAGCAAUUCAGCAAUUUGGUCGGACGCACCGUUCCAACCAGGUCCAUGCGCCGGAGUACAUCUUCCUCAUCUCUGAGUUGGCUGGAGAGCGCCGGUUCGCUUCCAUCGUGGCCAAGCGCCUGGAGAGCCUCGGUGCCUUGACCCACGGGGACAGGAGAGCCACGGAGUCCAGGGAUCUCAGCAAAUACAACUUUGAGAACAAGUACGGGUCCCGAGCCCUGGAGAAAAUCCUGCUCACCAUCCUUGGCCAGAUGGAGAACCGGGUCCCGGUGCCCAAGGGUUACGAGAAAGGGGACGCGGCCUUCUUCCAGGAAAUGAAGCAAAACCUUCUCUCGGUGGGGAUCUGCUGCAAGGAGAUGCGCUUCGGCAACGUGACCAUCGAGAAAGAUUGUUCCAUCACCAAGUUCCUGAACCGUAUCCUGGGUCUGGAGGUCCACCAGCAGAACCUGCUCUUCCAAUAUUUCAGCGACACUUUCGACUACCUGAUCAACCGGGACAAGAAGGACGGCAAAUACGACAUGGGGAUUCUAGACCUUGCCCCCGGCAUUGAUGAGAUCUACGAAGAGAGCAAAGAGGUUUUCCUGACGCCCGGUCACCCGCAGGAUGGGCAGGUGGUCUUUUACAAGAUCAGCGUCGACCGAGGCAUGAAGUGGGAGGAGGCUGCUGAGAAGUCGCUCCACCUGACGGGCCCGCACGACGGCUUCUACCUCUCCCAUAAGGUGCGAGGCACCAAGUACACCUGCCUGCUGGCGGAUCAGAGCCAUGGGAAGCAUCAUUUCACCGUCUAUAAGCCCAACAUCGGCAAGCACAGCCAGCCAGAGAGCUUGGAGAGCCUCCUCCGGAAGUACAGAAAGGUGUCGCCGGAAGAGGCCCAAGAGCACUGGGAGAGCAGCUACGCUUUCUCCCUGGAGUAUUGCAACCACGCCGUGUGGAACGGCCACUGCAAACUGGUCCGGGAAGGGAAGGAGUGCUCGCAAGGCACCCGCCUGCGGCACUACUACAUGCUGUGCGGGUCACUGCUGCGGGUCUGGAGCCAGAUCGCCGGCAUCAUGGCUGACAUCACCAACACCAGCUACCUGCAAAUCGUCCGCCUGAAGACCAAGGAGAAGAAGAAGCAAGUUGGGAUCAAGAUCCCCGAGACCUGCGUCCAGCAGGUGCUCAGCAAACUCCAGCAGAUGGACGCGGACGUGAAAGAGAAGCGCAGCCAGCCCCGCCCGGCACCCGCCCCGGCCUUCCCGCCCCCCCUUCAGCCACGGGACCUCGGCCAGACCUCGGGGGGCCCAGCCCUCCUGCCUUCCUCGCUGCCCCCGCCAGCGGAGGAGAUUCUGGACCUGACCUACAGCCCGCUCAGCGAGGCGCUCCCGGACCUGUGGGCCGAGCAUCCGUCGCAGACGUUCAGCUUCCCCGCGCCCUUCAACCCAUCGGCUCUGGGGGGCGGCAGCAGCUUGGCCCUCGGCUCCCCCUCCCACCACGAACCCUUGCCCCCGAUGCCAGGGCCUGGGCCGCCCCUGCCAGAUAGCUUCUCCUUGCCCAGCCAGGACAUCAACUACAAGGAGAUCCUGGAGCAGAUGAUGCUGAGCUCGCUCGGCAUGGGGCUGGAAGAGAGUGCCAGCGCCGCCCGGGAGCGCCAGAGCGUCAUCCAGUUCAGUGGCCCGUUUCCAAACUAUUACAACACCAGCUGAGUCCGGGAGGGGGUGUCGGGUGGCCCUGGGGUGGGGGUCCUCAUGCGAUUCCCCCCCCUUCCCGCUCUGCCUUCUUUCACAACCUCGCGAAGGAGCUUCCGGUCUCGGGAACGCUGCUGUGCGGGAGCUGGCAAGGCCAACUGGGGAAGCAUCCUGUGUUCGAGGGUUUUGUUUUUCAACCCUCUCUUUGGAAUGGACCACAUCUGUCUUUUUUUAAAAGGAAAAAAGAAAAGAAAACAGGGAUGGGACAGAGAAAAUGUAUACUUAACAAAGCAAAGUUUAUUUAUAUAGAAUAGGCAGUCACAUCUUUACUAAAUUUUUAUAUCUGUGUCUAUAUGACUCGAGAGAGAGAGAGAGAGAUGUAUCAAGGGGGGGUCCCCAGCAGCGGGGGGGGGAAGGGGGUUGCAGCCAUGCCUAAGAUUUUGGGGAGGGGGGGACACUCAGGCACCUUAUGGGGGUGGCGCUUUGCUAAUCCCGCCCAAUCUUACCCACUUCCUCUUUUAUGAACUAACAAAUCUCAAAAGCUAAGAUCUUUAUAUCCCUUUUUAAAAAUAAUAAUAAAUCCCAUUUUCUCAGGAGAGGGGUGCGGGAGGCCCUUCUGAUCCAUCGCAGCCAAAAUCAAGAGGUUUUCUGGACACUUCUCACAGUUUCCUGUGUUUUUUCCCCCUUUGGCCCCAGAGGUGGGGGGGGAGCUGAAGCGUUCAGGGGCCCAUAGGUCUCUCUGUGCUGCAGGUCAGGUGAAAGGCAUGCCUGUGUUUCUAGACCUCAUGGAGGCAGGGAGACACGUGCCAGGGUGAUAGGUGGUGGGAUGUGUGAGCAAACUUCAGAAACUCGACCGUCUUGUCAGAUGUUUGGUGCAAAGUGGAUAAUUUUUCAAACACUUCUGUUUCCCUGAUCAAAGCAUGAUAAUCGCGUAAAAACUGGCAUUUUUUUUCUUUCUGGGAUCCUGGCCGGUGGGUAUUGGAGGCUGUUGUUUUUUUAAAGCUCAGCCUAUCCUACCACUGUGUUUUUCCAUGCACCCCUUUGUUAAGUGGGGUGCGUGUGAAUCUGCCCUAGGAACUUUACACUGGGAUGCGUGACAGGAAAAAUGGGGGGGGGUUGCUUAUUUUUAUGUGUGUGUGUGUGUGUAUGGGUGUGUUGCGUGCUGUCCGAUUGAAGCUGGCUUACCUUCAGAGGAACUGAGAUCAUUUAAGGAGUGGCAUUAACCAGUCCCCCCUCCCCUCCCCUCCCCUGACUUUUCUGUUUUCGAGCAAGGAUUCGAACCUGGGACUCCUGAGCCCCAGUGUGUCUCUGGACGUCCCGGUAGAGACCCUUUCUUUUCCAGAAGGUAUGGUGGGGCUCCCAAAGGGCAUCCCCUUUGCUGGCACCCCUUUCCCCUCCUCUAUGCGCUCUACAGGCCCAUUGCACCCCAUCUCCCUCCGGACCUCAGGGAAGGCCAAACCCGGGUGAUGCCCUCCGGCUCAAACCCCACUGUCUCCCGGGGGGGGAAGGCUGGGGUCGGACCCCCUUUUUUGGACCCUGGCACCCUUGAACCCCCCCACCACCACCACCACUGGCACAUUCUGGCUCGCCAACCUGUCGAGGUGGAAGGAAGCCGGAGCAGGUGCCUUUCGGGGGUGUCCCGAGGGCCGGAGGGCAGGACCCUCGCUGGCCUGUGGGCCCCCCAGCAGCAACCUCUUCCUUCGGUGGCGUGGGUGGAAAGUGGGACCCCCCCCUUUCCCAGCAGCUCCUCUCGCUCCUCUGGCUUCCCUGCCACCUCGAGGCGAAUUUUACAAAGCUCUUUCCCGGAGGGGCGAUUCCGAAAUUUGGAGCGAGUGUUUGGAGCCAUGCACACCUGUCGGAUCUCAUGAACCGGGGACCUCUUUCCCCGAACACGUUCACCGGCUCCUUGGGCUGUGGGCCUGGCCUGGUGCUUCCCAGCGGUUUUCUACUCUGGGGCCCAUCCUUCCUCAUUGUUGGGGUGGUGGUGGUGCAGGAUAAGGGGGAGGGUGAGAGAGAGACCAUCAGGAAGGCACCAGUUUGGGAAAAGUUGGGAUGGUGAUUUUGAGAAUCGCAUUCUGCCCCCUCCCCCGCGGCAGCUGACCUCGAAGCAAAGCCCAAGCUCCUAGUCCUUAUGAGGGGAAGGAUCCCUCGUGUUCGGUGAGUCAGGGAGUGCAAAAAUCUCAGGGAAAAAAAAGGAAGUGUGUACAUAUGCAUGCCUGUGUGUGUGUGUGUGUGUGUGUGUGUAUCAGAAUCAAGUGUCCCAAAGGUUGCUUUUAGCUCCCAUGGGUAUCCCAUCCUGGCCACCAAAAUUAUGCAGAAAUUUAAAAAAACUUAUGCAACAGCCUCGUAGGAAGGCUGUGAUCCCCAAGUUUUGCAUGCAACUGGAAACCCCUUUGGCCCAUGGCUCCUUCCGGAUGUUGAAAUUAUUUUAUCUGCCCCCCCACACCCUCCCCAUGGCUCUUUGAGGGUCGUCCGAUUCAAAACCGAGCUGUGCAAUUUCCUUUCUCGGGAGGCGAGGGGAGGGCAUCGCUCGCCAAAACCUCCCUCUCUUUAGAUCCCCCCCACUCCCGGCAUUAUGUCAGGAAGACAAAUAACGAUGAUAAUCUGUAACUUCUACUUUUUAACUAAAUUAUUACACUGUUUGUUUCUACUGAUUGUAUGUAAAUUUUUUAAUGAAAAAAACACACACACAAUCCUUCCCUCUUCAACCCCCUCCCAACCCCGGCCCCCUUUCUGUCUGUCUUUCCCUCGUUGGCACUUUCUAAUCUUCCUCUGCUCAUUGUUAUUAUUUUCUAAGCCUAUUUAUAACGAUUAGAAAUUGUAUAUAUGUAAAAAAAAAACCCCAAGCAAACGAGGGGGGGUUCGUCUUUUUUUUCCUUAUGGGGGUUGAAAAGAUGUUUAAAAACAAUGUGCCUUUGGAGUUAAUUAUUCUGGAAUUUUCUAUUUGUAUGGAGAAGGAUUAAAACAUUGCCAUUUCAGCCCAGAUGGAGAACCACAA